UGCAAAUCACUUCCGGGUUGGUAGCGUCUCGCUCUGUGUUGUCGCUUUGGCUGCCAGCUUUUUCCACAUAGACGAUACAAUUCUUUUGAGCAUAAAAUAAGCACUCUUGCGAAACAUGAACCGGUUAAAACAUGUUUCCAUGUGAUUUUGCGUGGGGUGCAGCGACUGCAGCGUAUCAAAUUGAAGGCGGCUGGCAAGCGGACGGCAAGGGUCCAAGCAUCUGGGACACUUUCUGCCAUGAGGGGGGACGAGUGUGUGGGGAGCAAACGGGCGAUGUAUCCUGCAACAGCUAUGAAUUGUGGGAAAAAGAUCUGGCGUGCAUCAGGCAGCUUGGACUGACCCACUAUCGUCUGUCUCUGUCCUGGGCACGCCUCCUUCCUGAUGGGACCACGGGGCAUGUCAACCAAAAAGGUGUGCAGUACUACAACAAGGUCAUUGAUGACUUGUUGUCAAGUCACGUGCUCCCUUUGGUGACGCUGUACCACUUCGACCUGCCUCAAGCCCUCCAGCACCGAGGUGGAUGGAAAGCGCCCGUCGUGGCCGCCAUCUUUGACAGCUAUGCCCGCUUUUGCUUCCAAACGUUCGGCGACCGCGUCAAACUUUGGCUCACUAUCAACGAGCCGCGCGUAUGCGCCAAGCUGGGCCACGAGGACGGCGUCCACGCUCCGGGGAUAAAAGAACCGGGAACAGCGGCAUACCUGGUGGGCCACAACAUGCUGCGAGCCCACGCCCUGGCUUGGCACAGCUACGACUCCCUCUACAGGCCAACGCAAGGCGGAAUGGUGUCACUUGCGAUCAAUAGCGACUGGCUCGAGCCGCUACGCCCCGACUGCGCUGAUGACGUCGCCGCUUCCCAUCGCUGCCUUGCGUUCACUCUUGGAUGGUUUGCCUGGCCGCUGUUUGUCACAGGGGAUUAUCCUGAAACGAUGAGAUCUGCCAUUGACGCUCAAAGCUGUAAAGCGGGAUAUAACGGCGAGUCAAGACUUCCUACUUUCUCCGAACAUGAACCUCCUGUCUUUGGCACUGCGGACUUCUUUGCCCUGAACUACUAUACAUCCCGAAAGGUCAAAGCUGAGAGGAAAUGCGAGAAAGGGAUGUCCAUGAAGAGCGACCGGGAUGCGGAAGAAGUCUUGGAUCCGGAUUGGACUAUUUGUGGAGUGUCAUGGCUGGCUGUGGUGCCCUGUGGCUUACGGAAGCUCCUGAAGUACAUUAAGGACACUUUCAAUAACCCAACGGUCUACAUCACUGAAAACGGCUUCUCUCAAGUGGGACCAGUGGUAAUGGAAGAUGCUCAGCGUGCUGACUUUUACAAGGACACAAUCCAGGAAGUGGAAAAAGCAAUCAGAGAAGAUGGCGUCGACGUCCGCGGAUACUUUGCAUGGUCGCUCCUGGACAACUUUGAAUGGGCGGACGGAUUCAACAACCGCUUCGGAUUGUUCCAUGUGGACUUUUCGGAUGCGGGUAGGAAGCGGAUGAUAUACCGCUCAGGCUUGGAGUAUGCAAAGCUGAUCUCAAAAUACAAAGCUGUGCACUCUAAAUCAAUUUAAGGAACAAAUCACUUUUUAAAUAAAUCAGUCAAUUCAAAAUAUUCUGUGGCAAUAUUUAAAUUAUUUUAACAUUGAUAACAAUUAGAGAUGUCCGAUAAUAUCGGCCUGCCGAUAUUAUCGGCCGAUAAAUGCUUUAAAAUGUAAUAUCGGUAAUUAUCGGUAUUGAUUUUUUUAUUAUCGGGUUUUUUAUUUUGUAUUUUUUUAUUAGAUCAACAUAAAAAACACAAGAUACACUUACAAUUAGUGCACCAACCCACAAAACCUCCCUUCCCCAUUUACACUCAUUCACACAAAAGGGUUGUUUCUUUCUGUUAUUAAUAUUCUGGUUCCUACAUUAUAUAUCAAUAUAUAUCAAUACAGUCCGUAAGCACACAUGAUUGUGUGUGCUGCUCGUCCACUGAUAGUACUAACCUUUAACAGUUAAUUUUACUAAUUUUCAUUCAUUACUAGUUUCUAUGUAACUGUUUUUAUAUUGUUUUACUUUCUUUUUUAUUCAAGAAAAUGUUUUUAAUUUAUUUAUCUUAUUUAAU